AUGGCAUCUGCCUCAACAUCAGCAAGCCUAGCAGCUGGCCCGGGUCCGUCACAUGCAAGCGCCCAAGAGCACAGCUUGCCUCCACUCUCAGACUUGCUUGCGCGAUCCUCAAAGCGGGCAAGGCUUCUGUUCCACAUUGAUGACGAUUACGACUUUGACAACUUCGGCGACACCUCGGCUUUUGAGCCUGCCAGAGCUCACUUGAGUUGCAAGAUCAACUCAGAAUAUGUGGACGCCAAAGUGCUGCCAUCGGCGAUUCUGGCUCAACAACAAGCUGCUGCUGGUCCGAUGCGACCUGGAGCGGCGGCCGCAACAGUAGCAAGCCGGUCUAGCAAGCGAAGAGGAGACGAAUCGCACCUAUCGAGGCUCAUAGAUCAGAUAGAUGGAGGCGCCGCGUCAUCUUCAACAUCAGUAGGGCCGGCGGCGCCUUUUCCGUCCAGUCAAGCUCUCACUGUUCGAAGCAACAGUAAUUUGGCUUCGGCUGCGCAAGCAUCAUCCUCAGCAGGCUCAUCCGCACUUGCGCUUCACCGAGGAGGGUCGUCUGGCUUGCUAUCGCAGGCCCUCAUUCAGAAGAAGGAAAUGGCAAAUCGCAAAGCUAAACCAGCGUUUCAUCCCAAUUGGAAGCUCGCGCGCGUUAUCUCGGGUCAUUUGGGAUGGGUGCGCUGCGUUGCUGUGGAACCGGACAACAAAUGGUUCGCAACAGGUGCAGGUGAUCGCAUGAUCAAAAUCUGGGACCUGGCAUCGGGCGAGCUGAAGCUCUCGCUGACGGGACACAUCUCGCCUGUUCGUGGUCUCGCUAUAUCCGCGAGACAUCCAUACCUGUUUUCGGCGGGCGAAGACAGAAUCAUCAAAUGCUGGGACUUGGAGACCAACCGUGUGAUUCGACAAUUCCGUGGGCAUCUCUCUGGCAUCUACUCGCUAGCGCUGCACCCGACGCUGGAUGUUGUAGUAACCGGAGGAAGAGACGCAACGGUGCGUGUAUGGGACAUGCGCACACGCGAGGCUAUCUUUACAAUGACAGGUCACCGUGGCACGGUCGCCUCGGUUGUUUGUCAAGACUCGGAGCCGCAGAUCAUCUCGGGCUCGAUGGAUGCUACUGUCAAACUGUGGGAUUUGGCGGCCGGCAAAUCGAUCACCACGCUCACCCACCACAAGAAGAGUGUCCGUACCCUCGCCAUCCAUCCGACACAGUAUACGUUUGCAUCCGGAAGUGCAGGGGGUCACAAUGUCAAGACGUGGAGAUGUCCCGAGGGCACGUUGGUCAACAACAUGGCGCAUGAUACCAUCGUUAAUACGCUCAGCGUCAAUGCUGAUGGCGUACUGUUCAGUGGCGGUGACGAUGGAAGUCUCAAGUUUUUCGAUUAUGCGACCGGCACACCGUUCCAAGUGGCCGAGGACGUGCCACAACCAGGCUCUUUGGAUGCUGAGGCUGGUGUAUUCUGCUCGGCGUUUGAUCAGACCGGAACACGCCUUAUUACCGGUGGUGCGGACAAGACGAUCAAGAUUUACAAAGAGGUCUGA